CCGUAGUGAUCAAUUCUGAGAGUUUAUGAUUUUUAAUUUUUAAUUUUUUUAUUUAUUUAUUUUUUCCGAUGUUAUAAAAGUGAAAGUAAAUCAAUUGAGAUACCUUUGUCAAAAAAUUUCCAUUAAUCGAUCCUAAUUCUCUCUUUCCCCCAUCACUCCCAGACACCUCACUCAUCUCAUCAAUGGCGCACACCGCCGUAGCCACCGCCGGCGGCGGCGGAGGAAGCGACGUCGAAGCAGGCUUCGCAAAGCUCCAAGGCGAAGAUUUCGAGUACUAUAUGCAAACCUACUCCAUCAUCCUCGGCAGAAACUCGAAGAAAUCCACCGUCGACGUCGAUUUAGCCUCCUUAGGCGGCGGAAUGAACAUCUCUCGCCACCACGCCAGAAUCUUCUAUGACUUCCAACGACGUCGUUUUGCCCUAGAAGUUCUCGGCAAAAAUGGGUGUCUUGUUGAAGGGGUGCUUCAUCUUCCUGGUAAUGCUCCGGUGAAGCUUGACUCGCAGGAUCUUCUUCAGAUCGGUGAUAAGGAAUUCUACUUUUUGUUGCCUGUUAGGAAUAUUCUUGGUGGGUCCGCUGCUCCACGUCAUCAUGUGUAUAACAGCCCUCUUCCGCCACCGGCUGUUCCGGCGAGGAAUUCUGGGUUUGGUGCUGCUGGUGGUGGAGGUGGGGGAAGUAGGAAGGGGAGGAUGAAGGAGUAUUUUGCAGCGGGCGCGGCGGCGGAUGAGUAUGAGGAGGAAGAUGGUGGAGGGAGAGAGGAGGCUGUUGGGUUGUCGAAGAAGAUGAGGAGGUAUGGUGAUGGUAGCGGAGGCGGGGGCGGGGGCGGGGGUGGGCAUGAUAAUUAUGGGUAUGGUGGUGGUAGUGGUGGCAAAGGUGGGCUUUCUGGAACCCUUGAAAAGAAAUCUGAUGGAAGAUCAAGAGUUAAUCCUGAAGCUGACAAUCAACAACUAAUGCAAUUGGAAGAGAAAGAUGUAGUAUCAUCUGUAGCUACAGUGUUGUCUGAUCUGUGUGGUCCAGGUGAAUGGAUGCCCAUGGAGAAACUUCAUACGGAGCUAAUGGAGCAAUAUGGUAGUGUUUGGCAUCAUACCCGUGUAAGGAGGUAUCUCUCAUCUGAGGACUUUUCAAGUCAAGAUUCUAAAGGAAAACCAUGGGAUGGCUUGCUGGCAUUGCUGAGAAAAUAUCCAGAACAUUUUGUCAUCAAUACGCGAUCCAAGAACCGUGUAACAUUGGAGUUUGUUUCUCUCGUGUCUCUUCUUUCCUGAGAUUGUUUAGCAUUAGGCAAACCCAUGUGUAUCCUAGUUAGAUCCUAAUUAGCUGGUUGGCUCAUACAUAAACCCCAUACGCGAAAGUUGAUAGUGUUUGUGUUUAAACUGCUUUCGCUGCUUUGGCUAUGUUUGAGAACUGAGAAUCUAGCCUUUCAUCACCUGCAGCAUGACCGCCAAGAUACUUUGCUUAGUGUAUAAAGAAGUUUCAGCAGGAAAUGUUGAUUGACAGAAGCAACUGCUUAUGGUGGGAUACAGUUUGAAAGUUACCAGUUGGCUCUAAUCUAUUAAUCAGUUAAGAUUGCUAAUUUAUCAUGAUGUAAACUUGUAGGUUGUGUUGAAGUACAGCAAUGCCCUUGGGUCGGGGGCCUAAAUUACAUUUUUUUUCUUUUUUUUUUUAAAUUUUUGAAGAAACGGUCAUUCUUAUUUUGAUUCUAGCAUCCAUCCCACUGUAUUUCCUUCAUUUAGAUUUGGACUAGUAUAAUCCUGCUCAAAAACAGAUGUAGUUCAUCUAUCAUUAUUCUUUUAGCAUCCAUCGAAAGUCCGAAGCUUCAUUGAAAGGUUGAAACAUACUGUCUUCUCGUAAGUGUGUAAAAUACUCUUUGACAAUGAGCGAAGGAAUGUUUACCUUUUUAAAGAUUAAUUUCAGCUUUAGCGACUUUGAUUUG